AUGUCUCAAAUUAAUAAAUCUGAACAGUAUUUCGAACGAAAUAUCAAUGAAUUACGUGCAAUGUUAUUGAAAAAUAUUGAUGAUUUUCGUGAAUUUGUGUUGAGUUCAAAAGUACCAGCUUCUGCGAUUAAUGAUCCAAAUUAUGCAGAACAAGAAGAAGCGUAUAUUGAACUGUUACGUCUAUCAACAGCUCUUAUUAAUGAAAUGCACAAAACUAUUGGAAAAAUACUCGAUCAAUAUCAUAUAUUUCUUGAAGAUAUUUGGAAUGCGAUUUGUGCUGAUGAAGAUCCAUCGUUGAUUGUAAGCGAAUUCCAAAAUCGUAUUGAAAGAUUGAUAAAAGAUAAAUGGGAUCCAAUCUUUGUCGAGAUCAACAGAAUAACAAUGAGAAGUGAACGUUUAUAA